AUGUGCACUACCUUUCACUACCUCCGUGGGGUCUGCAUCGCCCAGUCACUGAAGAUUCCUCGGGAGCCGAGACCCGGCGAGUUCGACAAGAUCGUCCUGCGACUGAUGGAGACACCCAACGCCCGUGCUGUCAUUAUGUUUGCCAAUGAGGACGACAUCCGGCGAGUCCUGGAUGCGGCGAAACGCAACAACCUGACGGGCCACUUCCUGUGGGUGGGCUCUGACAGCUGGGGCUCAAAGAUCUCUCCAGUGGUCCAGCAGGAGCGGGUGGCGGAGGGCGCCAUCACCAUCCUCCCCAAGAGGGCGUCAGUGGAUGCGUUCGACCGCUACUUCAAGAGCCGCUCUCUCUCCAACAACCGAAGGAACGUCUGGUUUGCUGAGUUCUGGGAGGAAAAUUUCAGCUGCAAGCUGGGGAUGCACGGCAAGAGACUAGGCAGCCCCAAGAAAUGUACAGGGUUGGAGAAAGUCGGCCGUGAGUCCACCUACGAGCAGGAGGGGAAGGUGCAGUUUGUGAUGGACGCUGUGUACGCCAUGGCCCACGCUCUGCACCAUAUGCAUCGCGAGCUCUGCGCCGGAUCCCCUGGGCUGUGUCCGCGUAUGGCCAACAUCGAUGGCAAAGAACUGCUGGCUCACAUCUGCGCCGUUAACUUCAAUGGAAGUGCAGGGACUCCUGUCAUCUUUAACAAGAAGGGCGAUGCCCCUGGACGCUACGACAUCUUCCAGUAUCAGAUCAACGACGGCCUGACAGCAGAGUACAAGGUCAUCGGACACUGGACCAAUCAGCUGCAUCUAUAUAUGGAGGCCCUGCAGUGGACAAGCGGCGAAUCCUCUCUUCCUGUCUCUGUGUGCAGUCAGCCCUGCCGGACUGGCGAGAGGAAGAAGGUGGUGAAGGGCGUCCCAUGCUGCUGGCACUGUGAGCGCUGUGAGGGAUACCACUUCCAGGCCAGCGAAUUCACCUGCGAGCUCUGCCCCUACGAAAAGAGACCAGACCAGAAUCGCACCGGCUGCCAAUCCAUUCCCAUCAUCAAACUGGAGUGGCACUCGCCCUGGGCGCUUGUUCCAGUCUUCAUUUCCGUGCUGGGGAUCAUUGCCACUACCUUCGCCAUUGUCACCUUUGUCCGCUACAACGACACCCCUAUCGUGCGCGCCUCAGGGCGGGAGAUGAGCUAUGUACUUCUGACAGGUAUCUUCCUGUGCUACAUCAUCACCUUCCCCAUGAUCGCUGCACCUGAUGUCGCCGUCUGCUCGUUCCGGCGCAUCUUCCUUGGCCUCGGCAUGUGCUUCAGCAAUGCUGCGCUGCUCACCAAGACAAACCGCAUCCACCGCAUCUUUGAGCAGGGCAAGACGGCAGUGACAGCACCACGCUUCAUCUCACCUGCCUCCCAGCUUGUCAUCACCUUCUCACUCAUCUCAGUCCAGCUCCUGGGCGUCCUAUUGUGGUUCACUAUCGACCCACCGCACACUUUUGUGGAUUAUGGAGAGCAGCGGACUCAGGAUCCUGAGAACGCACGUGGCGUGCUCAAGUGUGACAUAUCUGACCUGUCGCUCAUCUGCUCUCUGGGAUACAGCAUCCUCUUGAUGGUCACGUGCACCGUAUACGCCAUCAAGACACGUGGCGUGCCAGAGACCUUCAACGAGGCCAAACCCAUUGGAUUUACUAUGUACACAACCUGCAUUAUCUGGCUUGCAUUCAUCCCCAUCUUCUUUGGCACAGCACAGUCAGAAGAGCGGAUGUACAUCCAGACGGCCACGCUGACCAUCUCCCUCAGCCUCAGCGCCUCCGUCUCUCUGGGCAUGCUCUACAUGCCGAAGGUCUACAUCAUCGUCCUACACCCUGAGCAGAACGUCCCGAAACGCAAGCGCAGCUUUAAGUCCAUCGUCACCGCCGCCACCAUGACCAGCAAGCUGUCACAUCUGGCAGCUGAGCGGCCUAACGGCGAGGUGAAGACGGAGCUGUGUGAGGGCGUGGAGGCCAGCGUGCCUCCGACAAAAACCACCUACGUCAGCUACACCAACCACGCCAUGUGAGGGAACGAUACCCUGGAUAAAAGGACCUCCUUCACAGGGAGUUUUCUGUCAGACAGAGGAGAUGUCACCAGAGCCAGGACAGGGAUGCUCUGCAUAAUGUGAAGCAACAGAGCAGCUGACAAAUUGGACCAACACUUGUGUGGUGUCUUUGUGUUUACAGACCGGCUUGUAAGGCUUGUAAGGACGCGUGGAAGCUAUAGGAUGGUAACCUGGAAAAAGAAGUCCUCAAAAAGAAAUACUAAAAAAGAAAUUAUGGAGACCAACCAUACUUGUUGUUAUUCUAAUUGUACGUAAACAAAAUUGUGGUUGUGAAAACUUCUGAUUCUUGUCUCAUGUCGUGCGUCCGUCGACCUGCAUUUUGAGAUGAGUCCGUCGGUGUUCUCGGGUAACUGAACCGUUGCUUUUGGUUGUGAAAUGUCUAAAUGCCAUGGUUGAACUGAAGCAUGCUACUUUUUAUACAAAUGAUUUAUUUAUAAUAAAAGAAUGUUUCUGUAGUCUGUGUCGUCUUUGGGUCUGUUUGGUCAGUUUACAUCUGAGCUGAAACAUAAAAACUGUAUGUGAGAAUGCAAAAGUGCGAGUGAGUUUCCCGUUUCCACCCCAUCAUAAAACUCUGGAAAAAUAUCUGGCCCGGUGUCAAUGGGCGUUAAACGAAGACAUGUGAUCACCACAACAGAAUUCAAACAUUGCGCCCUGCGUUACCCCUCACCCGAAUCAUAUGGAGAUAUAUGUGUUUUGAAUAUGUCUGAGCGGAGAAUCUCCUGCUGCGAUGCUCAUUUGUGAAAGUCUCUAUUGGGCCGACAUUCUCCAGAGUUCAUGUCUGAAAACAGCUACGGUACUUCUGCUCCAGAAAUGCUACUGUUCUUUCUGUGUGAGUCUCUUGACGCUUGUGUGGUCAACACUCUUAUCAUAUCCACAAACUGUGGCAGUCUAGCACAUACACCAGCAUUGUUGCUGGGUGGUGGAUAGUUUGAGGCUUUAUAGUUAAAUUCGACAAAGAUUCUAGACUAUAUCCAAGUUGUUUUUACAGUAAGAGGCUUUGAAAGUAGCUGAUGCAGAAAAUGUGAUAAGAGACCGGACCUACAGUAUAUAUUCAAAAGAUGAAAGGAAACUAUACCCAACACUAUACGUCCCAGUAUGGUGAAAGCUGCAGAGCAGGAAAUGAACAGAAACUCCAUCUGCGCUAGAUUUGACCUUUCACAUCAUGCAAACCUGGGUCUGGCAGGAAACUCAGCACAGUGUGCGCCUCAUUACAGACUUUUAAAAACCCAGCUGAUGUGAUCGAUACGUGCAGUGGAACAGGAGAGGCCGGAUCAAUACGAGCUGCCAGGGUGAACUCCUCAUGCAUGUAAUGAAUAUUUCUGUGUCUCCUGGAAGAGAAGUAGAGCAGGACAGGUACAGUCUGUGAUGAAGCCUGCGGGCUUCCUGCUUUCAUUUCCCUAGGCGCUGCUCUCAUUUCUGCCGUUUGCAGUCAGCUGAAAGAAAAGAGGCUUUGUCUCUGCACUGCAAUGAAUACUGAAGAUGAAACUGCUCAUCUGAAUUUCUACACAGGUUUGAUUUUAGGUUCCGUCUAAUCCAAAGUUCACUGUCCUCAGGCGCAGUUGCAAAUUGGAAUUUCCUGCUCCAAUAUGUCUGAACACUUUCUGGAAGGAACUCCAGGUGUCUCCCUGUUUUUUAUUGUUCUGACAACUGUAUUUAUGAGCACACACUCUCAUUAGGUGUGGAAAAU